GUGACUCUAGCUGCCUAGCAUCGCUUAACGUCCCUGACUCCCCAAUAUACAAUAUAUUUAUCGGUCAUUAUUGGUAUUUACCAUUAAUUUUCACGACCAUUCUCGAUAGGAUACAGAUCUGAAGAGGAUAAUUGAGUUUUGAAGAAAAAUAAGAGGCGCGACGAGAAACGUCCACGACUCGUCUGAUUAUGUUUCGACGUAUGUUUACAUCAACUUCGCGCAGUGUAUCGAUAAACGAUGAGACUAACAAGAACUGCAAUGAGAAAGAUGAAUGAAACCAAACUGUUGCAGCUGCUAUCUCGGUUGUGGAAUGGGUCCAAUGGUGUACUUGCGGGUAAACAUGCCGAAGAGAAAAUGAUAUCCAUCCUGAGGAACAGGUUUCCGCAAGCUCAAUUGAUUGAAGUUACCGAUGUAUCAGGAGGAUGCGGUGCUAUGUUUGACAUAAAUGUCGUUGCCUCAGAAUUCAAAGGACUAAAUACUGUAAAGCAACAUCAAAUUAUUAAUAAGGUUCUUAAGGAAGAAAUCAAAGAUAUGCAUGGCCUCCGAAUACGUACGAGUAUCCCACAAACAUAAAUUUUAUUUUUGGACUGUUGUUAAAUUAAUUUUACAGAAGGAAUAACUAAAGGAAUA